AAAACGGGAGAAAAAAAGCUGCAGGAGUAACGAUAUAAAACCUUGAGACAAGCGGAUGCUCCUCUCUCAAACCCGCUGCCAUCUCAGUGGUGGAAAUGUUGGAGUUGGGGAGGGUCGACUUUGAGGUGACAUUGACGCUAUGUAGACGAAAGUGAGGAUCCUGCGCUCCAUGUUACGUCCCUGCUCGCUUCAACUGAGACGGCGGCAGCUCCUUUUCUCCGUCUUCUCUCCCCUCCUCUCUUUCAGCACCACUCCUUUAAGGACAGCACCUCGCUCUCAAAGACGCAUUUGCCCACUAUCCUCUCCCCUUUCGGAUCAUAUAUUCGCUCGCUGUCGCCGAAUGCAAAGUUUUCACCGCGGUUUGACUCAGUGCAAGUGAAAGGAAGUUACUUUUUUCCAAAAUCGGGAUAUUCCCCCCGGAGAAAGAAUCUGCAAAGUAGCGGACUGUAUUGGUCACUGGACUGUUGCUAAGGUCCUCGCCUCGCCUUUUCUCCAAAUCACUCGCUGUACCCCAGUUUUCGUUUUUUUUCCCCCUCUCGGCUGUUAUCUGGGAACUGGAAGUACGGGACGGAUAAACUGCUGUCUAUCUGGACCAGUGCUGAAACCCCCUCUUCUCCACUGGUCAGGACUGUCCGACGCACACCUCGACCAUGGCUACCAACGGGACCAAAGCCUCGGACGGACACGUCUUAACGGAGACGGUGAAUGACGCGCCCACCACCACGCCAAACGACAAACCCAAAACCUUGGUGGUGAAAGUGCAGAAGACGAAAAAGGAGAUACCCGAAAGAGAAACGUGGGGUGGGAAAUUUGACUUUCUCCUCUCUUGUGUCGGAUACGCAAUCGGACUCGGAAAUGUCUGGAGAUUUCCUUACUUAUGUGGAAAAAACGGUGGAGGGGCCUUCUUGAUUCCCUACUUUUUGACCCUCAUAUUUGCUGGUAUGCCUCUGUUCUUUCUGGAGACGGCUCUUGGUCAGUACACUUCUAUUGGAGGUCUUGGAGUGUGGAAGCUGGCUCCAAUGUUCAAAGGUGUUGGCCUGGCUGCUGCUGUUCUGUCCUUUUGGCUCAAUAUCUAUUACAUUGUUAUCAUUUCCUGGGCUAUUUACUAUUUGUACAACUCCUUCAGUGCUGAUUUGCCGUGGCAGACGUGUGGAAAUAGCUGGAACACAGAUCGCUGCUACACCAACUACAGCAUCACAGACACCUCAAACCUCACCAGUGCCGUUGUAGAGUUCUGGGAACGAAACAUGCAUCAGCUGACCGAUGGCCUGGAGAAGCCUGGGGAGGUCAGGAUCCCACUGGCUAUCACACUCGCCAUAGCAUGGGUCCUUGUCUAUUUCUGUAUCUGGAAGGGAGUCAGCUGGACUGGCAAAGUGGUGUACUUCUCUGCCACGUACCCUUACUUCAUGUUGUUCAUCCUGUUUUGCCGUGGUGUCUCUCUGCCCGGUGCCAUGGAUGGAAUCCUCUUCUAUAUCACACCAGACUUCAACAAGCUUAAGGAGUCUGAGGUGUGGCUCGAUGCUGCCACUCAGAUCUUCUUUUCCUACGGGCUAGGAUUAGGCUCUCUGAUUGCUCUCGGCAGCUAUAAUCCCUUCACCAACAACGUAUACAGAGAUUCUGUCAUUGUCUGCUGCAUCAACUCCUUUACCAGUAUGUUCGCCGGCUUUGUCAUCUUCUCCAUCGUGGGAUUUAUGGCCAAUGUGACAAAGAGACCCAUCGCUGAUGUGGCAGCCUCAGGACCUGGCUUGGCUUUUUUGGCAUAUCCAGAGGCUGUCACCCAGCUCCCCAUUUCCCCUCUCUGGGCAGUGUUGUUUUUCUCCAUGCUCUUGAUGCUGGGAAUUGACAGUCAGUUCUGCACUGUGGAAGGCUUCAUCACUGCCCUGGUUGAUGAAUUCCCCCAUGUCCUUCGAAAGCGUAGAGAGAUCUUCAUUGCAGUCGUCUGCCUUAUUUCUUACAUCAUUGGCCUGUCCAACAUCACACAGGGUGGACUGUACGUGUUUAAACUGUUUGAUUACUAUUCAGCUAGUGGGAUGUCCCUACUCUUCUUGGUCUUCUUCGAAUGUAUCUCAAUCUCAUGGUUCUAUGGUGUGAACAAAUUCUAUGACAACAUUGAAGAAAUGAUUGGCUACAGACCAUGUCUCUGGUGGAAGGCCUGCUGGGUUGUCUUUACUCCACUCGUUGUGGCUGGAGUCUUCUUGUUUAGUGCAAUACAGAUGGUUCCUCUUACUAUGGGCGACUAUGUGUUCCCUGCCUGGGGUCAGGGGGUCGGCUGGUGCAUGGCCCUCUCCUCCAUGAUUCUCAUCCCUGGCUACAUGGGCUACAUGUUCCUCACACUCAAAGGCACAUACAAAGAGCGUCUGCGGAUGAUGAUCAAGCCUUUGGUACUGGUGAAGGCUCAGGAAAAUGGUCCAGACCAGCAGACAGAAAACCAGAAUCAGAACCCUGCUACUGAGGAAGCCUACAUCUAAAAAGGUCUGAUCUCUGUCUCAACAGCCAGACUGGCACUCCACAAUAGAAGAAACGUAAUCAAGGUUGGGAACAACCACUAGACUUUUAUGUCUGCUUUUAUUCACCUACCUCCUGGGGACAUGUGAAACCAACCUGAUUACACAGUUAUUUUUAGGGGGUUUUCUGUAUGUUUAUUUGUAAAAUACAAAGUUAUAAAACUUAUGAUGACAAGCAAAUUAUCCAGCAAAGUUAUUGUGAUAUUAUGAAUUUCAUUAUGCAAAAAAGUUAGCCUUUUUAGCAAAGGAAAUGUGACUUAGUAAAAUACUGUAUAUUGAAUAUAUAUAAUUUAAAUUUGGAGGCCCAUGUUGAUUCAGUAGUAAUGUGCUUUGAGUAAUCUACUAAACUCCAACUAUUGUACAAAAGGGUUUAUCGGUAAAAUGCAUUUUGCAUGUCCAUGAAAUAAAUACAUCAAAAUAAAUGCCGUGUAGUAGAUGAAAACACAAUUUGAAAGUUAGCAAAGUGGAAAUGGAAUAUUGAGCAAUUUAAGGCAAAGACAAUGUGGGAACAUGCAACAGGUAAGGCCAAAUUUGCUUUUAUUUUUAAAACAAAUUUAACUAGACUAUCAAUCCCCUGCAAAUCCUGCACUUCACCUGAAAUGUUUACUACCCGUGUCUGGGGAUACAACUGAAAAGCACAAGUACAGUAUGGAAUUUCUAAGUGUCCAAUUUAUUUUUGGCAUGAGUGAAAACUGUGACCACAGCAAAAAUAACAUAUAUAAUACAUAGCAAGAGACUGUUAUAAUUGUUUCUUUGUUUUCUAAAGAACAAUAACUUUGUAUGUUGUCCAAAUCUUUCUUGUAGAACAAGUUUUAGGUUAUUUUCUAUGUGUGUGAGUGAGAAGGACCAAAUUAAUGCUCUGAGACUGCUGACCCACUGAGCAUUUAUGGAUUAAAUAAAGAGUCUAAUUAAAGUAAUUAUUCGAGAAUCCCCUUUUGACUCGGUGUAGAGCAGCAGGGUAGUGAAAAGAGCAGUCGCCCACAAGCACAGUUUGAAUCUGUAAACUAGUACCUCUAAAAAUAAAGGCGUAGCCAUUACAAAACUCCUACAUGUGUACUGCAUGUAAAGUAUUUCUUCUGGAGAGUAAACAUUUGGAAAAUGGUGACUUUUCUUCAACUGACACCAAUUAAGUAGAAGGAAAAGUGUUACACUGAAAUAAAACAAUACUAAGAGUUUAAACUGUGAGAGCUAAUAGGCUGCAGUGUAGCGUGCGAGAUGAUUUCUAUCAUUACUACCAUUAUUCUGUCUGGAAUCGUUUACUUGUGUAUCUAUUUAGUAACCCACUUCUCAGGAACAAAGGUGGAAGUGACCAAAUUCUCUCAGAUACUACCACGAUACACUGGAACAAUGAAUGCUGUAUUAAACGACAACAAGUGUGAAAAUGGUCAUUUUUUUUCCCAUAAAUUCAACAUGCUACCUGAAGCAGCAACAAAACAUAAAGUCGCAAACCAGAAUGAAGACUUCA